UAGAAUCCAUUCAGACAAAUCUCUACUUCUCGCAGGGCCUUAAAAAAACAACAACAACAACCCGAAACCCAACAAUUUAGUACCAGCCAAGUCUAAAUUACAGUAAGGAUUUGCAGGUAACUCUCUAAAUUAUUCUGAAGGGUUGUACUUAGCCUGGUUGAGAAGGAGACAUGGAUUGAAAGAAGAACAUGGCAUUUUCCUCUUCUGGAAUGUGACACAGCAGUGCUUGAUCGCUCAGACUUAACAUGGGAACAGGUGCCUCCAUUUCAAUUUGUCAAUCGUUGUCUUCCAUAGAAAUUAAGCACUGUACUAAUAAAGUUAGUCCAGAACGUCAGAGAACCUUUGGUGUUCCCCUUGGCUCUUCUACCCAAGAGGCAACACACCAUCAUAUUCCUUUGAUUGUCAAACACACAGUGGGAUAUUUAGAAGAGUUUGGACUGAAUCAUAAAGGCCUAUUUCGGAUCAGUGGGUCAGCAGUGAAAAUCAAGGCACUGAAGAAGAAGUAUGAUGAAGGCGAAGAGGUGGAUCUUGUUAAUGAAGGAGAUGUUGAUUCCAUUGCCAGUCUUCUUAAACUCUUCCUGAAUGAGCUUCCAGUUGCUGUUUUCCCUGAUGUUCUGUGCACUGAAAUUUUGACCACCUUUGAAGAUUUCUGGCCAAAGUGGCAUCACACAGUGAUGUGAAUCACAUGACACUGGAGAACCUAGCCAUUGUUUUCGGUCCUACUCUUUUCCGAAUUCCCCACAGCCCUUCAGCUUGUGAAAAACAAACAAUUUGCAAUGCCAUCCUUCUGCAUUUUCUUCAGCACCACGAGGAGAUAUUUAUGGAUGGCCCCAGCAGCCAAUGCUCACUGGUGGAAGGAAAUGAUCACCCCCAGCAUCUCUUUCCCACUCUGCUCAUGGAAGAGGCAGAAGAAAGGCUCAUGGAAGAGGCAGAGGAAAUCAAUAAUCCAUAAAGGAUGUGGCACUGGCAAGGCAAACAGCCCAAGAUGGCAUGGCAUGUUCAUUCCACUUGGUGUCAGUAUUGUGUUUUUUUAUUUCAGUGUUGAACAAUCUGGAAACUGGGCUGAUUUUUGGUUAUACAUUUCAAUUAUUAUUUUAUAACUUACCCCAUAUUGGGGUACAUUCUUCUACAUCAAACCCAAUUUUUGCAGAUGUAAACUCUCCCCCCCCCCCCCCCCCCAUCAAUACCACAGUACAGAUUUUGUGAGCUUUGGCAAAAAAGGCAUUUCAGUUAUCAGAUCCUUGGAUCAGAUAUGCAGUUUGUGAGUUGGAAACUCCCCAGAAAAUUCAGUGUUGAUGGAUGGUGUAGAAAUAUUGUAAAGAAACAAAUGAUCAAGACACAGAGGCCAUUCAGACAAUGAGGCACAAUGAAAAUAGUCCAACACACAUGGAAAUUUGGGAAUAUUAGUGAAGAGUGUGGAGAUCUCAUUGAAUUUCUAACUGCAAUUAUUGUAGUUUUCUGUAUUGAAUCUAUCAUCAGCUUGAC